UCUUUUCUUUUGCUUUGAGACGCGUAGGUUCACUCUAGCCUUUCUGACAAGCUCAUGUUUCGGUCGCGCCGACUGGUUAUUGCGACUGUAACGAUCCUCGUAUUGAUUCUUCUUCUUGUUUCGUUGGACUACCGCUUUCGGUUAUACCAUGCCCUGUCGUAUGCAUCGCGUCCACUGUGGGACAAACCGGAUGGCCCAGCUACGAUCUUACCACACUAUUACACUGAAGGCCUUGCGAUCGAUGAGCAUGCCUGCAAGCUACAUGGAUGGACAUCGAGAAUGCAGCAACCGGAGAUGUGGGAUGCAGUCAUUGUAUCGAGCGAGAUGGACUUGCUAGAAAUCAGGAUGAACGAACUCGACUCGGUUGUCGACAAGUUCUUCAUCGUUGAGAGUAACAGAACAUUCUCCGGGCUUCCGAAACCUCUCUCGUUCGCAUUGAAUCGACACAAGUUCGCCGCAUUUGAGCACAAGAUAGUAUAUGAGCUCUUUGCAGGUGGCAAGCCAGGUGACGAUGCAUGGACUAUUGAGGCAGAUCACAGAAAUACUAUGACACGUUUAAUUCGCGACACAUACUCCAGCGCGCAAAUGAGAAUCCCUCCGCUCGUCAUAUCCGCAGAUGUCGAUGAGAUACCAAGCCGACAUACCCUGCAACUGCUGAAGCGAUGUCAGGCUCCUAAUCCCAUUCACUUGCAAAUGCGAAGUUAUUCCUAUUCGUUCGAGUGGCCAGUUGGGAGAACUAGCUGGCGUCCUUCGGUCCAGCUUUGGGAAGAGCCUACAGCAUAUUACAGACAUUCACAGAGCAGUGACGUUGCUUUAGCCGAUUCAGGCUGGCACUGCACGUUCUGCUUCCGACACUUGGACGAAUUCAUUCAGAAGAUGAAAGGAUUCUCCCACUAUGAUCGUGUGGGGGGGGAUGAGUCUUUAGUAGAUCCGUCAAACAUACAACAGAGAAUAUGCGAGGGAAAGGAUGUCUUUGGCAUGCUGCCAGAGGCAUUCUCCUAUAAGGAUCUGUUGGCGUGGGCUCAACCAGAUCCAUCGAAGACCGGGAUUGGUCUACCAUUGUACCUCCUUCAACACCCCGCAAGAUACCCCUUUCUCCUACCCGGGGGAUGCGUGCGACACGACGACUAAUCGAUCGUGGCCGCCUCUACAGUGCAUUUGUUAAUCUCGUACAGUAUACCUCUCUAAUCAUACCCCUUAACGCUUUUCCAAAGACUUCAAUCAGAGCGUGAAGCAUGGUGGCGUUGGUUGCUCGUCGAUAUGGGUUCUUCAUUGGCAUUGCGUUAGGCUGUGUUGUGGAUAGGGUUCUUGAUAGCGGAAUUCCCAGGUCAUAAAAUCAUGUAUGAUAGCUACCCGUUGAACACUUUCUAUCGCUUU